AUGACCAGAACCAAGGGAUCCCAGGCUACGGCCAACGAGGCCCAUGUUCUCAAUUUUAGCCUUGGCAACGAAAAUGACCAUUGUACUUUGACUGUGCUGGUCAAGGACUUCCGUUUCAACAUUGUGGCCGAUGCACGGGAUUUAUUGAAAUCGACGUUUGACGAUCCCGACUUCAAGGGGAGCUCGCCCCAAAACCUAGCUUCUCCAGGACAGGGGACUGCUCAAAAGAGGACUCCGUCACCAUUGCCGCCUUCACUGAAGGGGACCGAAUUGGAGAAAGAUCCCAAGACAGCACUGCGCGAGUGGAUGCUCUCGCCAUUUUCGGGUGUAUUCGACAGACUGGACCCUGUUCCAGAGAUCGGAGGCGCCAAGGUGUACAGACAGACCCUACAGGAAUGGUACAGCGGCCCUACCUAUUUCUACAAGCUCAUCAUUGGGGGCGACGGCAAAGCCGCGCAACAACAGCUGGAGACUUCGCCAGAACUGGAGGAGAAAAUCGUCAAAAUGGCCCCGCGGAUCAAGGUUCCAAAGGCCAUUUACAAGCUCGACAUCCCCUGGUACGAAGCUAGCGAGAUUGAGGUUGUCGCUGCUGGAGACCAUUAUGGUCUUCACGCACCAACAGAAGUCAUGAUUUGCAAAAAGACCUCAGACAACGAGCGCGAAAAUGGAGGUGAAGGCAGAAAAGACUUGGAUACUAUAUACUUUUUCAAACAGGUCGACGCCUCUCAAACAGCAUCAACCAAGCGGGAACUCGAAAGCCUCAAGGACAUUGAAGCCAAAGGUUUGCACCAUCAGAUCAAUGUGCCUGUAGUGAGAGGUCUGGUACGGUGGUACGGCGGCAGCCGUGGCUCCUCUGGGAACCAGAUCAUGGGCUUCUUACAGACAGCAAUCAAGAACCCCACACCACUUACACGGAUGUUGGACUCGGACGUCGUGGAGGAGAAGAGGGAGGAGUGGGCCAACCAGGCAGAAGAAGCCGUCAGGGUGCUCCACGAUGCCGGUAUUGUCUGGUGCGAUGCCAAAGCGGACAACUUCAUGGUCGACAAGGACGGGAAGCUGUGGAUCAUCGACUUUGGCGGUAGCUACACCGAGGGAUGGGUUGACCCAGACCUCGUAGAGACAGAGGAGGGCGACGACAUGGGCGUUGACAAAAUUGUGGGCGCCCUACGGGACCCGGAGAACAUGACCUACGAUCCAGAUGCGAGUAUGAUCAACACGUCUGAAGCAACGGAAGAUGGCGAAGAAGCGGGCAAUCAAGUGGGCAAGCGAAGAAGGGAAGCGUCCACUGAGGCGGACAGCAAGAAGGGGUGCAGUCCGAAGAAGGCGAGGCUGUAGGCUCUAAACAUUAUACACCAACAGGCUUUUCAAGGAUCUGACAUCAGACCUUCUAGAUGCAUGUGAUCAAUACAUGCAGACCGCUCUACGACACCAGUUAGAAUUCAAGUGACAAGAUCGUACUCAUCAGGCAUUCUUCAAGCAUGUAGGAUGCUGUUGUGCCACUCCUAGUGCCCCGCCCCCAC